GCUGGGGAGAGGGCAGAGAGAGAGGGAGAGAGAGAAUCCCAAGCAGGCUCCGUUUUGUCAGCAUAGAGCCCAAUGCGAGUUUCAAUCCCAUGAAAGGUGAGAUCGUGAUGUGAUCCGAAAUCAGGAGUUGGAUGUGUAACCGACUGAGCCACCCAGGCGCCCCUACAAUGGUUACUUUUUAUUAAGGCUGCUUUGGAUUAUCCAUUUAUGGUUCAUACUGAUGUGACUGGUUGACAGUCAGUUGAACUCAAUUUGUAUUUUUAUUGCAUGGUAAGUAACAAAGCCCAGGAUGCAUGCAACAUGUAGUUGUGGCAAGAAAACAGCAUAGAUUGUUGGUUGUUCACCCUGUGUUCUCCUUAGAUAAACAGCCUGAACAUAUUGUGUGGCUCUGACCACCGUCAUCGUUCUCCCAUCUCUCACUGACACACUUCAUAAUUCUAAGCUUGGUCGUGGUGGGAACUGUAUCAUGCCCGUGUUCUUUCUACUGUACUUUUAUGUUGGUGGUAAGGGAUUAAGGAAUUUGUUAAGUUGUGAAUUAAUGAAGACUAACAUUCUCUUAGUAGUUGGAUGUAUAAAGGAGCAGAUUUUGGGUUCUGAAACCUUCUGAGAACUCUACUAGGUGUUUACAUUCUGACUGGUAAGUAAGUCACUGUGGAAAAGUUAAUAGAUAGGACUGGACUGAACAAGUCCGGACUUAAAGUACAUCGCCUAAUUUUGUAGGUUAUGCUUGCCUUUAUCCAAAGCAUUUUUUCCAUGACCUAGUGAGAGAUAUUGCAUUUGUUUCUUUUAGCUGUUAACUGGAGGGAGCUGUUACUGUUCUGGAAGGGGGCUGCUCUUGUUUUAUUCAGUUUCUUCUCUGAGGUAGCCAGGCAAACAUGUAAGUCCAGUCCUGUUUUUGGCAGAUGGAUAACAGGCUGCUGUCAUUGAUUGUCAUGUGGAAGAGAGUCAGUGUUUCAGGGAUUGUGUAAACUUUGAUUUUUAGAAAUCAUUUCAUUCUCCCAAGUAACAGAUUUAUAUGCUGGAAAAGUGACAGGACCAAAUUGCUUUUGAAGAUACUUGAGUAAUACAAAACUUUUUUUGGUAAGAAAUUUAUGCGUUGAAAGGUUUGAAGGAUAUUUGAAUUGCUAAUGGAAAGAGGAUUCAAGGACUAGAAUGAGAAGGUAAAUAAUUUUUUUUAUAAUACGUGUUUUGUAAAAUUGAACUUUUUGAUCAUGUGGCUGAAUUGCUUAAUAAAAAAAAUCAUAUUCCCACCAGAGGUAAGUCAUCUAUUCCAACACUGUACACAGGAAUAGAUUUCUCUUGAAAUCCCACGUCAGUGAUAUUUCCACUCCUUGCAGAAACACUUUUUUUUUUUUUUUUAACAUUCAUUCAUUUUUGAGAGACAGAGAGAGACAGAGCUUAAGUGGGGAAGGGGCAGAGAGAGGGAGACACAGAAUCUGAAACAGGCUCCAGGCUCUGAGCUGUCAGCACAGAGCCCGACGCGGGUCUUGAACUCACAAACUGCGAGAUCCUGACCUGAGCCGAAGUCGGAUGCUCAACCGACUGAGCCACCCAGGCACCCCUGUGCAGAAACACUUUCAGUUAUGUUUUUCUUUAUAAAAAGAUAAUUCUUGCCACCUCUUGUUCAUAAUACUGUCUUAUAGAGCCAUGUGGAAUAAAUGUUACCCUCUUCAGUUUUUACUUAUCUUUAUUAUUGGGGUUUUAAAAUUGAAAACAGUAGUUGGUUAUAAGUAAAAAUGUUCUGAACUCCUCUCCUUCCAGCUCACUCCUAGAGGGAACCACUUGUUCUGUUUUGUUUCUUCCUUCCAGGCCUUUAAAAAUGCACAUAUGUUGUACCUGUACAGUUUUUGUUUUUAUUUGUGUUUUUAAAAUGGAACCAUACUGUGUAUAUUCUGCAACUUUUUUCAAACUGAACGGUUACAGUAUGGCUUUAUUCCCCUGUUAGACAUGAAAGUCUGUCUUUUUUUUUUUUCUUUUUUAACAGUUACAUCAUUGUCGGAUGUACCAUAAUUUAUUUAAUCAUUCCAUUAUUGUUAGACAUCUGGGUUAUUUAGAACAUGAAUGUCUUUGUGUAUGUUCAUCUGAGGAUGUUGCUUCCUUUGUAACGGUCUCAAGGCGUGGCUGUUUUCUCUCAUAACCCUCAUAUCUCAGUGCCUGGAAGUGGGUGCCCUGUUCAUUGCCGUCAGACCAUUCUUCCACCAUCCUCCAUAGAGACACCCAGCUUUGACUAUCAUGUCAGAUUAUACCACUCCCUUCCCUUCCUUGUUAGUGAUUUACUCCCAGUCCCCAUCAUUCCCCCUAAUUCCGAAAAGAGUUCAGCUUCUAGUCGUUAUUCCCUCCCUACUGCUUCUGUGAUCAUUCCUGGACUACUUCUCCAGUAACCUUGGACUCCACCUCAGAGACUCAGUCUCAUAGUUCUAUAAUGUGGGAUUUUGCAUGUCUAAAAAUUAAACUGAUUUCUCCAACCUUAUGGUUAUUUCCUUUACUUUAGCAAUAAAACGUGUUUGUUCAUGGCCAUACCUUUAGAAUAUAUCCAGGAUCUGACUCUUCCGCUACACUGAUCCAAACCUUUGUCCCUCUCAAAACCACAACAACUGCUAUGGCGUCCCAAUCUGUCUCCUAAGUUCUUACUGCUGCCACUACCACUAUGUCGCUGCUCCUGCUUCCUACUUCCAUUCUUUCAGUGGGCCAGCCCAUGGUAAUCCUUUCAAACUCUGGUCACAUCCGUCCCUCCCCCCUCCCCUCCCCCCACCUCAGGCUUCCUGGCUCAGUUCAGAGUGAAGGCUAUGAAGUCCCUAUGGAUUGGCUCCCUUACCUGUCCCAUCUUCUCUCUCACUACUGUCCCUUACCUGGUGGCCUUUGCACUUGCUCUUUACUGUGCUUGCAGUGUGCUUCCCCACUUACCCACAGGGCUCAGCCUUCCACCUUUUUAGGCUUCUGUUCAAAUAUCAUGGGGUGCCUGGGCGGCUCAGUCAGUUGAAUAUCCAGCUCUUAGAUUCAGCUCAGGUUGUGAUCUCCUGGUUCCUCAGUUCGAGCCCUGUGUCGGGCUCUGCACUGAUGGCACAGAGCCUGCUUGGGAUUCUCUAUCUGUCUCUCCCUGCCCCUCCCACAUGCUCUAAAUAAAUAAAUAAAUAAAUAAACUUAAAAAAAUAAAUAUUACCUUCUCAGGGAGGCCUUACCUGACCACUGAAAUGCAGGUCUCAUAAAGGCAUGAGUUUUUAAAAAUCUAGUUUUUGUCUCGUUCAGUGCUGUGUUCUGAGUGCAGUUAUAUAGCCUUCUCUCUCUUUCUUUAUCCCCCUUUCUCUCUCUCCCUUUACACAGUUAGAACUUCAUAGAACUGACACAGCUAGGACAGAAACUCUUUUUUUGUAUAUACAAGGUGUUAAAUUAGGUUCCUUGUUUGUGAAACUUGUGUUAAUAAAAUAUAUUACAUUUUUCAGCAUGUUGUGAUUUUCAGAGCAGUUUUAUGUAUUCAUACUUAACCCAGCGGGAUAGGUGGUAGAAUCAAAGUUUUGUGGAAAAGCAAAUGGAAGCUCAGAGAGGUGUUUUGUUCAGAGGGCACCUCCUGAGUGGGUGCUACCAUUCAAGCCUAGCUCUUUUCUUUCCAAGUGAAGGGCUCUUGUUUUCUCAUUUAGAAGCAGCUUAAGACGACAGAAAAAUUGUAGAGGCUUUAUUUGAAAGUGUGGGAUAUGUGCCCUGAUUUCUUAUUUUGGAUUUGGUCUGCCUUUUGUUUCUAUUUUAAAAGUACACAGAAUAAAUAGUUAACUUUAAAAUUCCUGACAAUGACAGAUCAACAAGUUUUAUUUCUCUCACCUGUGGAGGAAGUGGCCUCCACCCAGUUUUACUGAAUUAGGGGGGAAGUGAUUUUUUCAAGUGAUAAAAAGAAAUAAAAUUCCAUGCUCUUCCCAGAGGAGGAGUUCAACAAUUGAGAGAAUGGCGUGAGACCAUAUGUUGGUUUGUAAAAGGAUAUAACUUGUAAAGAUGUUUCCUUUGAUGCCUGUGAUGAAUAUGGAUGUGUUUCCCUUUUAGAGGGUCCUGAUUAAAUUAUUCAAUUAAGAGCUGAGCAGAAGGUUCUAAAUAUAGGGAAGAAGGUUCAGGCUGUCCUGCCUUGUGUGUGUCAGCUCACCCCUACAGAUGUGUGUUUGUUGUCAUAAACCGCACCUGUGAGAUCAGUGGGGAAGGAGAAAUAUGUUCCAAAAAAAUGAAAUACAGCAGGAUUUUUUUUUUUUAAUAAAAGGGCAGUGUUUUUCCUCCUCUGGUCUAUUCCAUUUUCAUCUGAAUUUGACUUGUGAAUUACUUUUUUUUUUUAACCUGAUUAAUGGACUUUAACACACCUAUUCUGUUUUAGUUAUCUGCUUAAAAUGUAGAUCUACCACUUAUUAGAAUAUGAGAAAGUUACUUGACCUCUGAUUCUUGGGUUUCUCAGUAAAAUUGAGAUACUGAUACAUACCUUGAAGAAUUGCUGCAGGAAUCAAUAAGAUAAUGUUUGUAAACACAACCAAUACAAUGCUUGCAUAAGGUAAUAAUGCAGUUAGAAUAAUUUUGUUCAUUUGUUGGUGGUGAAUCAUUCAUAACUGACCACUUGUGGGAAUUUACCACAAUUGGCAUUUUUUGCAAUCCGUGAAACUGCUCUUCUCUGUUAACGGUGACUCAGAAUAUUUUUUUUUCUAAGAGACAACUGUGUAGAGUUUUUCUUCUUGUCAAUGAAAUGAAAGUUUAAAAUGCCUCCAGUCUUCAGUCUCCUGUGUUCAAGGAGUGAGCACUUGCAGGCCAGAUGACUCUGGUUUUUGAGUUGAGGUGAAUACAGAUGAAAUUUAUCAGUGUGAGGUCAUUAAGACCUGGAUGUCUUGAAAAGUUACUAUGAACCGAAGGACAGUUUUCCAUUACAAGCACAAAUUGGAGAACAGGGAUUCAGUGGGAUUAAAGAAAGCGGUACAACUUCUGGAGGAAGUGGCAAGGAGAUGUACAAAUAAGACAGAUUUGUUUGUGGAAGUUGAGGCUGGUAAGAAAACUCCUAAGUGCCUUCAGUCUACUUAACAAGUAAUCAUCUAAUGAAACAAAACAGAGCUGACACUUGCUAUUCUCUAGGGAGUGUCUGUGACUAAGAAUAAUUGACCGCUUGUCUUAUAAGCAGCCUAGGUUUGUCAGGAUGGAAGGACUUGUGCAUGCAGAGCAGAACCAGAAAGCGUUCUUGUCUUAAAGAAUUUUCCAACACAGUGGAGAUGUAUCGGACAGUGUAUUUGGCACACCUAAAUAUGUAAACCAGAGUGCUGUCCUCUUUAGAGUCUCAUGUAAUUGUGACAUCUAUAAAUUCCUUGCUUCACUUUCAUCCAAGGGAUGCUACUUUUGAAAUUAUCUGGCCGCAGUGUCACAGCUUGCAAUGAACUUACGAGUGGUAAGUGGUAAGCUGCUCUUCAGUCUGUGUGUUACUCCUGUCCUUUUAGAUUCCGGAGUUUCCCACUCGGUUAACACUGGUGACAGACCACAUGGCAGCUCUUGCUUGCGUGUCUCCUAAGUCGCACCUGAGAGACUGGGCUGUUAGCAUCUGUGUUUUAAGGUAGUCGUGAUUGCAUUACUACUAAAAAUAGGUUUUUGAGAGCUCAUCCUCCCUCCCACUGUCACACACCGGUUGCCCGGAUUUGGAAAAUUAAUCUCUGAAAAAAGAUUUUUAAUGAAAAAAUGGCAGCCGUAACUAUUCAGAGUCAUUAAUUAACAUGCUUAGAAAGUUGCGAAGUGUUUGGAAGUAACCAAAACAAGGCUUAAUAAUAAGAGGCUCACUAAGGUGAAAUUUGACUUCUGGAUGUUUGUAAUGGCAGGACUUUGAUGCUUUGAUCUAAGACCAGCAGAAUUCUUCUGUGGUCUCCAGUGGAUCUUCAUGUCACUUUCUUGUGUAGGAAUUUGUUUAAAUACGUUUUCUGAGGAUUCAGUUGAAGUAGAGUUCCUGGCAGCAGAGUAGGUAGUUUAAAAAGUGUUUUCAAACCUGCAAAAGUUGGAGAGAGAUUUUGUUCAUCCUCACUUUCUUUUUGUUCUAGGAUUAUUUUGGUUAGUGUGAGUUUUAUUUAGCUACAUUUGACCCAUUUGAAACUGAACAUCGAGGGCUAACUGCUGUUUUAGAACAGGAAAAAUAAAUCCAGGGGCACCUCACCUGUUUUUUUCUACAGGUCUAAUAGCUCAAAACGAAGUUAGUUCCUAAUGAAGUAGCUGGGGAAAAGAAAUCUUUGUUUGGAACCAGAUCACAGAGCUUUAUAACUUUGAGGUAUUUGUCUGAGACCAAAAUAGAUGGAGAAAACCCAUCUCUGUUUUUAUAUUCAUUGUAAUGACAUUAUACUUGUAUAGCAAAUUUUAACUUGUUUUUUUCCUGGUCUGCCUUAACAGUGGAUAAGGAUGUAUCAUUUUCCUUAAUGAGCAGUAUAAUAUAGUCUUUGUGCUUUUGUUAGGCACUGUUUAGAGUUGAUGCUGCUUAUGGUUGUAUUUUACUUGUUCCAGAGCACUGUCUCUACCUGCGUUCAUAACUUUUUCACAGGUACUGUUCAUAGGAUUGUUUUUCCACCUGGAAAUGUGAGUGUAUGUCCUUCUCCUUCAGUGCUAAGCCAGUAUGCGGAUUGUCUGCUGUUCUACUUUCUUGGGUAACAGGUGCUGACUUUGGAUUACUUUUUAAAGCACUAGGCAUGGUAAUUUCUACUUUUUGGGACCUCAAAACCAAGAAGCUACAGAGAAUCCUAUGUCAAUAAAGUGAAAUCUCUUCCAUUGUGCUUUUUCAUUUGGAGACUCCUGUAUUUCCCCAUACACAAGGAGUGUAGAACUAGUGUGGUCAUUAUGAACGUGACAAGUUUAUUUUCCUUCACAAGUCCAGCUGUGAAGAGACUUCUUGGGUGGAAACAGGGUGAUGAAGAAGAAAAAUGGGCAGAGAAAGCUGUUGAUGCUUUGGUGAAAAAACUGAAGAAAAAGAAAGGUGCCAUGGAGGAACUGGAAAAGGCCUUGAGCUGCCCAGGGCAGCCAAGUAACUGUGUCACCAUCCCCCGCUCUCUGGACGGCAGGCUGCAAGUUUCCCACCGGAAGGGACUGCCUCAUGUCAUUUACUGCCGAGUGUGGCGUUGGCCUGAUCUUCAGAGCCACCAUGAACUAAAACCACUGGAAUGCUGUGAGUUUCCUUUUGGUUCCAAGCAGAAGGAAGUGUGCAUCAAUCCCUACCACUAUAAGCGAGUAGAAAGUCCUGUUCUUCCUCCAGUGCUGGUUCCAAGACACAGUGAAUAUAAUCCUCAGCACAGCCUAUUAGCUCAGUUCCGUAACUUAGGACAAAAUGAGCCUCACAUGCCACUCAACGCAACUUUUCCGGAUUCUUUCCAGCAACCCAAUAGCCAUCCGUUCCCUCACUCCCCCAGCAGCAGCUACCCCAACUCUCCUGGAAGCAGCAGUGGCACCUACCCGCACUCCCCCACCAGCUCAGACCCAGGAAGCCCUUUCCAGAUGCCAGCUGAUACGCCCCCGCCUGCUUACCUGCCUCCUGAAGACCCCAUGACCCAGGAUGGCUCCCAGCCAAUGGACACAAAUAUGAUGGCACCUUCACUGCCCUCAGAAAUCAACAGAGGAGAUGUUCAGGCGGUCGCUUAUGAGGAACCAAAACACUGGUGCUCUAUUGUCUACUAUGAGCUCAAUAAUCGUGUGGGUGAAGCGUUCCAUGCCUCCUCCACAAGUGUGUUGGUGGAUGGUUUCACCGAUCCUUCCAACAAUAAGAACCGUUUCUGCCUUGGGCUGCUCUCCAACGUUAACCGGAAUUCCACUAUUGAAAACACCAGGCGGCAUAUUGGAAAAGGAGUGCAUCUUUACUAUGUGGGAGGGGAAGUGUAUGCCGAGUGCCUCAGCGACAGCAGCAUCUUUGUGCAAAGUCGGAACUGCAACUACCAUCAUGGAUUUCACCCCACUACUGUUUGCAAGAUCCCUAGUGGGUGUAGUUUGAAAAUUUUUAAUAACCAAGAAUUUGCUCAGUUAUUGGCACAGUCUGUGAACCAUGGCUUCGAGACAGUCUAUGAGCUCACUAAAAUGUGUACUAUCCGCAUGAGCUUUGUAAAAGGUUGGGGAGCAGAAUACCACCGCCAGGAUGUUACUAGCACCCCCUGCUGGAUUGAGAUCCACCUGCAUGGCCCCCUCCAGUGGCUGGAUAAAGUUCUUACUCAGAUGGGUUCACCUCACAAUCCUAUUUCAUCUGUGUCUUAAACAGCCUCAGGCUUCUGCCUCUUGAAAACUAUUGAGCCUUGCAUGUACUUGAAGGAUGGAUGAGUCAGACACGAUCAAGAACUGACAAAGGAGCCUUGAUAAUACUUGACCUCUGUGACCAACUGUUGGAUUCAGAAAUUAAAAAAAUAAAAAAAACAAAAACCUUGGUAACAUACUGUCGAUAUCAAGAACCUGUUUAGUUUACAUUGUAACAUUCUAUUGUAAAAUCAACUAAAAUGCAUACUUUUAGCAGGACUUCGUGUAUAGUUAAAGGAGAGAUGGCCAAGCCAGGGACAAAUUAUCUAUUUGGUCCUAAGAGAAAUGGUCCUAAGAGAUUCUUUUGUGUUUGGCACUUUAAGGUCAUCGUUUGGCAGAAGUUUAGCAUUAAUAGUCUUUCUGAAGUGUGUUUUUAUCAGGUUUAGAACCCAUGUUGAGUCUUAUUUUCAUGGGUUUUCAUAAUGUUUUAAAACUAUUUGUUUAGUAAUGGGUUUUGUUUGUUUUUUAAGUAAAGUUUAAUCUGAUGAUAUACAUAGUAAUCUUUCUAAAAUUGUACGCUGACCAUACUGCUGUCAGAAUAAUAUUAGGUAUAUGCUCUUUGCUAAAUAUAUAUGUACAGAAUAUUUGGAAGUUAAGAAUGGAUUAGACUAGUGGACUUAGUAUUUGAGGGGGUGGGGGAGAGGGAAAUGACAACUGCAAAUGUAGAAUAUACUGUAAAAAGUCAGUUUGUGACUUUCAGGAAACAAACUGAUGCCUGAAUUUUGCUGUGUUUCAAUUUUUUAGACAUUUUAUCCUUUUCUUUUUUGGGGGGGGGGGGGCGCCUUCUAUCCCAUCCUCUCCAAAAAGCAGUUGUGCAGCUGGUUAAUUCAUGUAACUGUGAGAGCAAAUGAGUAAUUCCUGCUACUCUGAAAUCGACUGCCUGUAUGUCUCAAUACCAACCGUAUGGAGUGCUUCAAUUUAAUAAGCAGUUUUUUAUGGAGUUUACAGAAACUGGCUUUAAUUUUCAAGUGAAUUGUUCACCAACUGUUAAAUAUUUGGAGGAUUUAAAGAACAUCCCUGUUUAAAUCCAUUUCAAACUUUUAAGGAUUUUUUUUGUACUGUGUUUGGUUUUAUUUUUCUUCUGCUAAUCUUUUAUAUUCACUUAUGCUCUCGUACAUUGAGUACUUUUAUUCCAAAACUAGUGGGUUUUCUCUACUGGAAAUUUUAAAUAAACCUGUCAUUAUUGCUUA